AUGUGUCUGAUCGUCUCCGACAAUAUCAAGGCUCACAGCAGGAAAGAGCCGCAGCUUUCUCCAGCGUUGCACAUGCUUGGUAGACGCUGAGCCAGAGGUUCGUGAAGCCAAUCACCACAUGGAAACGUUCAGCCCGUUGCCUCAGUCUGGUGUCAUGAGACGAGACUCCGUCUAAGACCUGAUGAACCUGUUAAGCCAGGGUAAUAAUGCACAGAUGGAACACAACGACCAGCCGAGCAUCUCUACUCAUCAAAUGUUUACAAUGGUCGAACAUAGUAUGUACGCUCAAUCAUUGCGGUCCCCCUCACGUGCCCGUAGGCCGAGGGGCACCGCACCCAAGAUUGUUCGCUUCCUUCUCCAUUUCGAUCUCCGUGUCCGAUGGUCCUGGGUCCAGCAAAAGAGCGAACCUCUCAACAGACGUUUGUUUUCACGAGAACAUGAAUGUUUUUAUUUUGCGUUGUUCAAUAAUGAAGAAGAAAGGAAUGAAACUGAGCAAAGGUGCGCCGCGCAGGUCGCGUUUUGUAGUGCGCCCGCGAGAAUUUUUUGAGAGGGUCCGUGCCUCAGGCAGCCAAACGACUCGACUGGACGACCCAAAUGGGCGGGCACGAGGAAGGGUGGAAGGCAAGAAGGGUCCUUCCAUCCUUUGCGGCGUGCUCCCCCCUGCCUUCCAAGUGUUUGACACCCGCGGCCGGUCUUCGGCAAGCUGCGCUCCCAAGUGGGUCAGCUGCAACGACAUGCCGUCACUGGGUGCUAGUCAUUCCCAAUCUCCCGCCUGUGCUGCUAGCACCAAGAUAAUCUCCCCUGGGAUUGGGAAUUGCUUCUUCAAACACCAACACAACAAACCCACAAACCACACAUACACAAGAUGGUCAAACCGACAUCAAUGGCCGUAGAUGCCCUUCCGAGGUUUCUGCUUCCUAGACUCAGCUGGACUGGUCCUGCGACAGCAUCCCAAGCCCUGCGGCCUGCUUCGGCACUCCCUCCGAGCUCGCGCCGUCGGAUGCAUACCCGAACCAGCGCUUUCCAAGAGUCGAAUUUACCACCGAGAUGCCGCAGCAAUGGCUUCAACACCAAGGGUAGCUCGAUACUGGCGAGCCCGGGCCUCACUAGGUCCUUUCAUGCGACUCCUUCACGGCAACGAGAUCACCACUUUGAUACCUUGAAGUUCGUCCAGCGGAUGAAGAGCGAGGGCUUCACGGAGGUGCAAGCCGAGGCCACGAUGAAGGUCCUGAACGAUGUAAUACAAGAAAGGUAUACGA